UGACACUAUUUUCAUAGUAUUUGCGCGUGUGGCAGUUCUGGCAGCGUGAAAUGUGUUUCGAUCCUAACAACACCUACAUAUUAGUACUAGUACUAGUAGUAGGCUGAGACAAGUCUCACCGUUCAAGAUGUUCUCCAGUCUGGCUGCUCGCACUUGCCUGGUGAAGUAGGCAAUAACGCACGGAACCAGUAUGUCGUUCCCUAAUCCUAGCGACGGUCUGGAGAGGAGGGUUGCUGCUGCUUCUGGUACAGUGCCGAAGCCGUCAGAAGCCGACUUGAGGGAGCAACUCUUUGAAUCGUUCAAAGACAAGGGCGUAGUUCGCUCCCUGAAGUCUCAGCUUCGCAAUCGGCUGGCUUCAGACCUGCUCAGUACUGCAACGCAGGCAGCGGCAACAGCUGCGCAGGGUACUGCAGUUCAUCCUACGUCACGGCGCUCAAGGCACCAUGGUGCAGCGGCAUCGUCAUCGGCAGACAGCGCUGCUGCCGAUCAGACACCGCUCAAUCAGAAACUUUCCGAUGCCCUGCUCCGUGAGCAUCUUGAAGCAGGCGCCUACGACUACACACUGUCGGUGUUCAUGGCUGAAUGUGGACAGAGAUAUGAGCAGUUCCUGGCGCUGAGUGAUGUCCGGAAGCUCCUGGGUCUUCCCGAUGGCAAGACACGUUCACGUUCUGCUAGGAAGGCAUCCAAGUCAAAGUCAGGCAGCAGCCAAGCAAAAGACUGUUUAGGUGAGCUCAUCGAGAGUGCACUCCAGCGCCAUGCCACUCAGAGGUCUUCGCAAGCCACCCAAACCGAGGAGGCUCCACGCAAGCAGCUCGAGGAACGAAUGGCAGAUCUGGAGGUUUCUUUCAACCGACGCCAAUCACUGCUCGAGUCAGGUGCUGAGGAGCAGAUGCUGUCGUUCCAGAAUAAAUGCCGCCAACAAUGCCAGGAGGAGCUGCGGCGUUAUAAAUCCCAGUUUGCAGCGACCGAGCUUGCCAAGAUGCAGCUGGAGGAGCGCAAGAGAUAUGAUGACAAACUAAAAGCAAUGCGCCAAGAGUAUGAGCAGCAACACCGCAACAAGAUGCAGUCCAUGCACAUCCAGGAGCAAGAGGCAUCGCUCAUGGUGAAGAAAAAGCAGCAGGAGCUGGAAGGCGAGCUAUAUCAGCAACGCCAGGCACUGCUCGAACAAAUCGAGCAUCUGAGAAAGAAAGAAGCGGGGGUGGAAAGGGAGUCUGCAAGUAACGAACAGAAGUUGCAGAGCCAACUGACUUCCGUGGAAAGAGAAAGAGACCAGCUGAGCAGGGAUCAGCUGCGCUGCAAGCAGGAGAGUGAAACAUUCCAGCAGCGUGUACAGGCUGAAGUGCAACGAUCUCAGCUGCGGUUCGAGCAGGAGCUACAAGAGAAGACUGUUAGACUGGAGUUGGUGCAAGGAACACUGAAAGAGCGAGAUGAGGAGUUGUCACGGCGGGGAAAGACGUUUGAAAAACUCUCAUCGGAACUUUCAUCCGCUAGAGAAAGACUCCUCGAGACACAGGAUAAGCUGCAUAGUGCAGUUGAGAACCAUCAUCUGACUGUUCAGCAGCGUGACAACUUACAGGCGCAGUUCACCGAGGUGAAGGACUACGGGAUGCUGAAGGAACAAGUGCCCUUGCUGCAACGAGAGCUUGAGUCCGCAAAUCAGAGAGCUGCCGAUGCCAGGGAUGCAUUGCGUCAACAGCAGAAAGGUCACCAGAGUAUCGUGAAGGAGCUGAGCACCAAGCUAUCCUUAUCCUCGCCGGAGGUGGCACUGCUGAAGGACGAGCUGCAGCAUGCCAAGGAUGAGAACCAACGGCAGGCCAUCAUCGCCAAGGAGACGCAGCAGAUGCUUAUGCAGCGUCUCCAGCAUGAGGCUGAGAGAUCAGGAGAAGCGGCGCGGCAGAUCCAAGAACUUCAAAUUCGUGAGAAGGUGUUGCAGCUAGAGAUUGAGGACCUGAAGAAGCUGCUGUCCCAGGCGGAAUCGGCAAUGGCUCGACCAAACUUUGCAGAUACAAGGUUUCGAGGCUCAAGCUAUGCUCAUAAAAGUCUGGCCCAACCGUACGGGAACAACACCAGCGAGACCAGUGGUGAUGAUUCAGCAGCGUGGGUAAGAAGCCACAGGAAAUCGGCCCACAAACACGCCAGCAUGAGUAAGCCAUCCGUGCAACAGGCGACGUUGACCACAGUGCCAAAGCAUGUGCCACGGGCUGAAGUUUCGGACGUGAAUGACGAUCUCUCCGUCUCAGAUCACUGGUCUCUACACAGGGAUUCUGUGUCACAUCAUCAGUACUUCAGGCAGUUGGAAAGAGAGGCUGAGGAGCUUGAGCAGUCCUACAAGGAGUUUGAGCGGCGUCUGGAAGGGCGCAAUGCACCAGCAGACAUACUGGAUUCACGAACCCAUGUUACAGUACCACUGGAUCCAUUACCCAACCCCUACAGUGAUUCUAUUGGCAAGCCGGCUGGUUUAUUGAACAGUGAGCCUAGGUCUGUGCGCUUCCCGCCGAGUCCUACACGGCCUGUGCAUUUCAGCAGCUCAUUUUCUCGUGAUGUUGAUGUUAGUUUUAUUCCGCACACAACGGUCAUUCCUACCACCAGCAUGUCUGUUUCACAAGGUCCAGUGUCGACGGCAACCCAGUUAUACAGCUCCCCUCCACUCGGAAGAUUAAGAGCAGCACAAGCCGCCGCUCCUCUUGAUAGUCACAGCCCUCCAUCUGGAUUAUCUCAGUUAUCAGCCAGCAACAUAGGCGCACACCAAGUUGAGAGCACUGCCAGAUUCCGAUCAAGACCGCGUAUUCCCCCGACAGACACUGCAUCUCAUGAUGAACGACAGCCAACAUUGCAGUCUUUGGUUCAACGUGAUGUCGCCGGUGCUUUAACGACUUCUCCUGUUCCUAAGUUGUCCACUGGCAGUGUGAAAGCAAUGGCUGCUGCAGUGCAGCCCAAGGAACCAUCUCUUAGCACCUACGCACGGUCUGCUGCAGAACACAGCGAUCCUGUAGAUGAUACUGGAUUACAGUUCCACACAAGACAGGUGGAAGAUACACAUUCAAUGGAGAAACAAGACAACCAGUUGCCCGAGGCAAAUCGGCAAAGCAAUGCACAAAUGGUCCAUUCCGAUACGGGAGCAGCUGUCAAGCGCCGACCGAAACAAACUGACUCGACCAGGACGGAAUCUCAGGAUGAACACGCAACCAAGCUGGAUAGCGAUACAUCUAUCAGCAGUGCUGAGUUUCAACGUGAUAGCACUUUUGCUAGUCCACAAUCCCAGCCAGUUGACGGCGAUGUGAAAGCCUCAGGUGAUGCUGACUCCCUGGCUAGUUCCAUCAGUGCAUCCAGUCUCCGGUCCACCGCAACACCUGCACUGUCUGUUAUACCGACUCAAGCAGCGCUGCGUCCGGCCCAGUCAGGUGGAAACAUCCAAGCUGAUCCACCCAGCCCUGCAACACAGCCUCUCACAGUUGGCGCCCACCCUGAAGCACCAGUAUUGGAUGCCACCAGUGACGUUGAUCAGGACAGUGUUGAUAAUUUGCCACAGAAAAACCCAAUAGUUGAGGCAAAGCAGGUAAAACCAGCAGUAGAAGCAGCAAGUGAUGACAGCGAGUCAACAUUAAGCGAACCAGCAGUAGCACUUGAUCAGGCCUGGAGGAAAUCUACAACGGCCCCUAUCCAGGCUCCACAGCUAACUCCUCAGAGCCGACCUACAGCUACGGUUAACCAGCAGCCUGCACCGCAAUCCUCGUCCGAGUCACAGACUAACAGCUGCUCCACAUCCGUGUCAGAACCAGCAGAAAGUGCUCAUGACAGCUCUCUUCCCCAGCUGACGUUACCAACACAUCAAGACCCUGCGCCAGCCAUUGACACAGGCGACACAGCCAGACUGCAAAUGGAGAGGCGGCGCGAGGAACGUCUCCAAAGAGAGCGAGAAGAAGAAGAGCGUCUCCUUGCGGAGCAGGAGGCUCUUGCACAGCUCGAAAGAGCAGAAGCACUUGCACAGGUGGAGCAACCAUCAUCUGUUGACAAAGGCACGCUGGAAGUCGACGAAGAUGUUGAAUCAUCACUUUCGGAGCUCUCCUUCAGCAGCAAGUCUGCAUCCAAGUCAUCUCUGCGUAGUUCCGGAGGGGAUGGCGGUGGCAGUGGUGGAGGUGUUGACGCCUCCAUGCAAGCUUACAUGCAGCUUGUGGCAGAGAGAAGAGCGGCAGAGGCGUCCGAGGCACAGGGUGCUGGAGUGAAACAGUCCGGCUCAGUGGCACCACAAGCAAAGCCAAGCAGUACUGUAGUUGCUGACCAGGCUCAAGCACCCGCCGCGGCAUCAUCACCACCAGUAGCAGCAGCCAAAGACAACGAGGAGGACUGGAGCUUGCCAGAGGAUUCGGUCAUCGACAACCUGGGAAGGUGGCAAGGAGAAUCUGACAAGGAUGACUCGGAAUGGUGAAAGCUAGUACGCUUUUGGUGCAGUACACAAGCUGCACUUUUCCAUAGCCAUUCCGCACAGAGAAGAGGCACUGAUUUGGUAGAAUUUGCGGACAAGUCAACCCGAUCACACCCACCUGAUGAUUGUAUAGUACUCUUCGAAGAAAUAGAGAGGAACUGAAGCAACUUGCAAUAUACAUAGAGAAGUGGUCAUACUAGUAAUGCAGAAAGGUAGUAUUUGUGAUAUUUUGUUAGUGCACAGGCAGAUCUACUGCCUACUGGAGCGGAGAUCAGGUGGGCUUUAUACAAGGCAGUGCAGUGGCAAUUCGGGCUGCACUGCCGCUGACGUGACUGUGCCCUGAACAAUGUGGCAGUCUUUAUGAAUAUGAGUUUAAUUCUACAUGCAACGCCAUUGUCAUUUCCCUGCCGUACAGCCUGAACCUCCAAUAUCACACUGUCGUAUGCAUGGCGUGGUAACAUGCUAAUCCCGAAACCUGUGGCUGACUUUAUAAUUUGUUUGAAAAAUUCGGCAGGUUGGGUCUUCUU